GUUCGAGAAGAGCCCGAGUUAGCCCCACUUGGCACCCCCGCCCGUCACGUCACGGCAGCGCGGGAAGGAGAAGGAGGGAAGUAAACAGCCGGCUGCUGCGGCCCGGAAAGGGCCGAGGGGUGUGCGCUGCAGGCAGCGGGGGUGCCCUCUCGCCCCUGCCCGCUGCAAUUAAGUGGGUGGCCACCCCGUGUUAGUGAUGGAAUAUGGAAGCCACGGAGAGUGAUCGUUCCUCUACGGAACAUCCUGCGUGCGAGAAGAACCAGUCAUGACUGCUGUUUCUGAAAAAGAAGAUGUUCUGUCUGCCAAGCAAAUGGAGGAGAGGGAACCAGAAACCGAAAACAAAGCUGAAGAUAGUGAUGAAGAGGAGGAAGAGGAAGAAGAAAAAGAAAAAAGCCUAAUUGUUGAAGGAAAAAGAGAGAAGAAAAAGGUAGAAAGAUUGACCAUGCAAGUGUCCUCAUUACAAAAGGAACCUUUUACAAUUACACCAGGAAAGGGACAAAAACUUUGUGAAAUUGAAAGGAUACAGUACUUCUUAAGCAAGAAGAAAACAGAUGAACUUCGAAAUCUGCACAAGCUUCUCUACAAUAGACCAGGCACAGUUGCAUCAUUAAAGAAGAAUGUGGGCCAGUUCAGUGGGUUCCCAUUUGAAAAAGGAAGUGACCAAUAUAAGAAAAAGGAGGAAAUGUUAAAAAAAUACAGAAAUGCAAUGCUGAAAAGCAUAUGUGAGGUUCUUGAUUUGGAAAGGUCAGGAGUUAAUAGUGAGCUCGUAUCCAGAAUCUUAAACUUCUUAAUGCAUCCAAAACCUUCAGGCAAGUCACUGCCAAAGUCCAAGAAAACACCCAGCAAAGGUGGUAAAAAAGAACGUAGUAGCUCUGGGACAGCACGAAAGGCCAAACGCACCAAAUGUCCUGAGAUUCUGUCAGAUGAAUCUAGUAGUGAGGAAGAUGAAAAGAAAGAGAAGGAUGAAUCAUCUGAAGAAGACAAAGAAAGUGAAGAGGAGCAACCUAAAAAAAUAUCAAAAAAAGAAAAACCCAAGCAAAAGACGGCUCCAAAGAGCAAAAAGGGCACAAGGAAUGCUAAUGUAAAGAAAGCAGAUAGCAGCACAACCAAGAAGAAUCAGAACAGUUCCAAAAAAGAAAGUGAAUCUGAAGAUAGUUCAGAUGAUGAACCUUUAAUUAAAAAGUUGAAAAAGCCACCUACAGAUGAAGACCUGAAGGAAACUGUGAAAAAGCUAUUAGCUAAUGCAAAUUUAGAAGAAGUUACCAUGAAACAGAUUUGUAAAGAGGUUUAUGAAAGCUAUCCCAAUUAUGACUUGUCUGACAGGAAAGACUUCAUCAAAAAGACAGUGAAAGAGCUCAUUUCAUGAUCUGAUGGGAAGAAAACCGCUGCAGACAUGUUCCCAUGGAUUUAAAUACUUUACAAACACCAGCAAGUGUGUGUGUGAGUGCAAGAGAGUGUGAGUGUAAGUGUGAGUGAGAGAGAGAGAUUUGAUGGGUUUUCUCCCCCCUCUUCUCCUUUUGGUAAAAGAUAGUAUUUAGUCAGGGAUGAUUCUACUGGCUUAAUGUUCUGAGUGUUAAUGGAAAUUGCUUUAAUUUCUUAAAUUGCAUUGGAUGCAGUUUAUAGCUUUUUUGCAUGGCAAUAAAUGUUUUUGCUUUUACUUUGUACAUCAUGAAAUUUCUUUGUACAAGCAGAUCUUCUAUAGCUGUUGAAGUUUUUAGUGCAUUGUAAUGUAGAGAAUUUUUAAAAAUCAAGUAAUAUGAAAGCUGUUGUAUCUGCACAUAUGCAUGCAGAGAGAGUCAAGUAUUGCAGUAUUGGGCAUUACAACUAUUUUGAAUACAUACCCAUUCUCUUGCUCAGGAGUAAGUUCCAUGUCCUGAUCACAAAUGCUCUAAACUAUAUUAUACUGUCUUGCAUGUGUAUACACCUGAGAAUUGUUAAAGCAUGGUAACUCACAAAUGUUAUUUUUGUACUUUUAAGAGCUUUCUGUUGUAUAUAAGGUUAAUUCAGAUUUCUUUGUCUCAAAUCAGGUGUGUUGUGUUUUUAAAAAUGUUUUUAGAAGAUUUGACCAUUGUCAGUGUUCAGGAAUGGAGCUGAGAUUAGUUAAGAAGCAAGUAUAACUACAAUACAAAAUAUAUAGCUUACCUUGUAAGGAAAGCUUAAUUGUACUCAUUUUUCAGUGUUUCAUUUUGUAGAGGGGAUGUCAGUUGACCUUGUUUCAAAGGCUUGACGUAAUUCUCUAUACACUGAAGCUAAUACAUUGGGGCGGGGGGGCAGGAUGCAGAUUUGCCUUCUAAAGAUAACCUCAACCUUCCCUAUGGUGGGCAAAGAUUUGAGAAAAGGCAGUGUGUGACGUACCCACUGCUCAAGCUCAGAAUCUUUGGGGGAAAUCAAAUCCCCUUAUGUAGGAAUAACUUAUUAUCUGUUUUGGCGCGUGCGCUCACAACUUUUGGCCACUUCCGGCCGACGGGGGGAACGGGGCGGCAGGGAGGAACGCUGCCGCCCCGAGGGGCUUGGACUUUGAAGAGCGCCGGCGGGGGAAACGCGGCGGGGGUGUGUGUGAGUACACUCUUCCCCCGCCAUUAAAGUGCUACCCCCGCCGGUGCCGAAGCACUGAAUCCCGCCCCAGCCCCGAAACAUUUCGGAGGCCUUUACAAUGGCCUCCGAAACGUUUUGGGCACAUCCCUAGUGCAUAAUGGGAAAAUAGGUGCCUAAAUGUUGGCUAUAGUCUAAAUAUUUUAGACGCCUGCUGCUUUGGUUCUGUUUACUCUUCUCAGUUAAAACUUCAUUCUGCAAACAAUUCACCAAGUUUUACUGGUCUUAGACUAAGUACCUGCCCCUAGUCUACUCUUUUAUUGGUAUGAAAGGGACACAUGUGAUCAUGAAUUAAAUUUCAACAGAUGCCAAACAAGUAUGUGUCAUAAUGUGAAAUGUAACUAAUACCCUCCAUGACUGUAUUGAUUACAAGUAUGGCAGAUUUUAAAUAUUGUAGUAAUGUGUAGAUAAAUCAAAAGUCAUAGAUCUGCAUUCUGAAAAUAUUCAGCCAGUUGGUAAUCUGAUUGAUCGCUACCAUUUUUACUACUUUCUUUGCAUGUACUUCUUUAUAUUAAGGCUGAAUGUAAGUUUUUGUAUUCAAUAAAUGUCUUGAAGGAAAAUGUAUAUUUUGAUACUUUAAUACAUGUACAGUAAAACUUGAUAUAGAACCAAA